CCUGUGGGAGAGGUGCUGUGGGUAAAUCACCCCUCUUUGUAGCCAGGUUUUGCUCUGUAAGCGUACCCGUGCUGCCUCCCGGGCUUGCUGCACGGGCUGGACGUUGAACUUUGAGUGGGGACACUCGGUGCUCCCCCAUUGCCAUCUGCCACAGCAUCCCCGUGUCACACGCCCCUGCAGGGAACCUGCCCAGGUGGCAGUGAGCCUUUUCUCAUCGUGCUGCUUGCCCAGGGAGCCUGGAGGGCUUGUUUGUUGGAGCAGGGAGCCUUUUGGUUACAGGCUGGAGGAACGGCGUUGGGAUCGAGGGAUGCUGCUGUCCUGGGGCUCCUUUUCCCUGCGGGGAGCUCUCUGCUUGUGCAGGGUGUGUUCCUCUCUGCAGAGCUGCUUGUCCUCUGAUGAAGCGGAAUCACAUGCACGCUUCUCGCAAGGCGCUGACUGGAUGAGUCAGGUUCAGGGAGCUUUUCCCUGCCCCAGCUUCUUGUGGUCAGUUUUCAGUUCUCUUUUGCUCCUGGACCUUGUUCCAAAUUUGAUCUGCUCGAAAGGGAAGCGUAUUAGCGAAGGAGCUUGCCUGGAUGCUGAGUCGUUUAUAAUUGGGUGUGCCUGAAUGCAUCAGCCUUUGGAUGUGAGCGUCUUCUCCUGAAACAGCCUUGUGAUAUCCUAGCUGCCUGUUCUCACGGGAGGUGCCUCGGAAGAGCCUGUCCCUACGUCUGUCCCGGGGCCUGACGGGGCUGCCUGGCUUCCAGAUCUGAACCAUGUCCCACCCGUCCUGGCUGCCGCCCAAGAGUACCAACGAGCCUGUUGGUCACGUUACAGCGAGGAUGGAGACCACGCAUGCCUUUGGGACUCCCAGCAUCUCGGUGUCCACCCAGCAGACGCCAAAGAAGUUUGCACCCGUUGUUGCCCCCAAGCCAAAGUACAACCCGUACAAGCAACCAGGAGGUGAUGGAGACUUCCUUCCUCCACCCCCACCUCCUGUCGAUGACCUCGGGAAUAUCACAUCACAAGGUGCCUUUCCCCCACCGCCCCCUCUGGAUGAUGUUACUUUCAACGUGCAGGUGAAUCCCGGUGGCAAGACACUAGAGGAGAGGCGGUCCAGCUUAGAUGCAGAAAUCGACUCCCUGACCAGCAUCCUGGCCGACCUAGAGAGCAGCUCUCCUUACAAACCUCGGACUCAACAGGGCUCCGGGACCUCCAGCAGCUCUGCUGCCACCGCCCCGUCCGUGUCCACCCCCGUCACCGGCCACAAGCGGAUGAUCAUUCCCAACCAGCCUCCCCUCACCGCCACCAAGAAGUCCACCGCCAAGGGCCCAGGCCAGCCGGCUCCCAUCCCGGUCACUCCUAUUGGCACCCUGAAGCCGCAGCCGGUACCGGCCUCCUACACCACGGCCUCCACGCCCAGCCGCCCGACCUUCAACGUCCAGGUGAGGACAGCGCAGCCCAGCCCUCACUACCAGCCGCCCGGCCCGCAGCCCACGCACUACGGCAGCAUGGGGCCCGGCCAGCCCUACGCGGCCCCGCCGUCCCGCCCGCCCGGCGCCCCGCAGUACGGCUCGCCACAGCCCCGCGGGCCCGACUACGGCUACGCCCCGCCGCCCGCCCGGCCCUCGGAGCCCAGCUAUGGCUACGCGCCGCAGCAGGGCCGGUACCAGGACCCGUAUUACAGCGGGUACGGGGGGAGGAACGGCUCGGAAGCGCCCUACAUGCCGCAGAGCACAUGGAAGGUCGAACCAGCGUAUCCUGCCACUAACACCGUGGGUCAGGCUCCUCCCGGGCUGUACCAGCCGCCCGGUACGAAGAAGACCUACAUCACCGACCCAGUGAUGGCCCCGCAGCCGCUGCAGCAAAAGAGUGGGUAUCCAAGCUCUGGACCCGCAUCAAGCACUCCUGCCUUCAGGCCUGAGGAUGAGCUGGAACAUCUGACCAAGAAAAUGCUGUAUGACAUGGAGAAUCCUCCCUCUGAUGACUACUUUGGCCGCUGUGCCCGCUGUGGGGAGAAUGUUGUUGGGGAAGGCACUGGCUGCACGGCCAUGGACCAGGUCUUUCACGUGGAGUGCUUCACCUGCAUGAUGUGCAACAACAAGCUGAGGGGACAGCCUUUCUAUGCAGUGGAGAAGAAAGCCUACUGUGAACCCUGCUAUAUCAACACACUGGAGCAAUGCAGUGUCUGUGCGAAGCCCAUCAUGGAAAGGAUUCUCCGAGCCACUGGGAAGGCCUACCACCCCCACUGCUUCACCUGUGUGAUGUGCCAUCGCAGCCUGGAUGGGAUCCCCUUCACCGUGGAUGCCGGUGGGAACAUCCACUGCAUCGAGGAUUUCCAUAAGAAAUUUGCACCAAGAUGUUCAGUGUGUAAGGAGCCCAUCAUGCCGGCCCCAGGACAAGAGGAGACUGUCCGCAUUGUCGCCUUGGAUCGUGACUUCCAUGUCCAGUGCUACCGGUGUGAGGACUGCGGCGGCCUCCUGUCUGAAGGGGACAAUCAGGGCUGUUACCCUCUGGACGGGCACAUCCUUUGCAAGACCUGCAACUCGGCUCGGAUCCAGGCUCUGACUGCCAAGGCCAGCACUGAUCUCUGAGUAUCAACUGUGACCCUCCCCAGGAUGCCUUUCUGGGGGAAUUGCACAAGCUUUGCAUGAUUUCUUUCCAGCCUAGGGUCUGAAACUCUGUUUAAAAAAAAAAAAAAAAAAAAAGGUAAAACUGGAAGGCGUUGGAACAAGAGGGCAGUUCUUCAGGCCAUGUUCAGACUGCCUGCAAUAGGCACCUAAUUUAGACAUGAUUCUCCAGGAUGGUGGCAAGUCAGACCACCAGCUGUCUCUGCAGUUGAUGGUGACAAGUGGUGAUAACACCUAAGUUAUCUGCCUGUAGAAGGAGGUCUGAACUGGUGAAAGGUGGCUGAGCUCUAGACCCUUUUCCUAAGUCAUUCUGAAAACUUGAUCAGCUCUCACUGAAGACAGGGGAGCUUCUCUUUGACUUAAUAGUAUCUGGGUCACAGCAGAAGUAGCUCCACUGUCACAGAAGGUAUGAAACCAGUAUGAGAGUAGAACCAGUGCUCCUCUCAUUACAUCACAAACAAUACAACUUCAGCCAUGCUGCACCUAAGAGUGUAGAUGUGACCUUGUAUCUUUGGGACACAGAUUUGUUGUCUGAAUCUUUUGCCUUAGGCCCUUACUUGUCUCCAUUCCCUUCCAGUUCUAUAGGUUUUUUUCUUUUUCUUAUGAAAUUAUAUUUUGCUAUUGCAUAAACUUAUUCAGUAGUGAUGCUUCCAAUUCACAAAAUGAGCAAUCACAGAAAGACAUAAGCUUGAAUACACUACACACACACACACACACACACAAUGUGCUUUUGAUUUACUAGAGGUAUAAGUCAAUCUUGUCCAUUGAGAAGGUCUUUCAAGAAUCUGGGGCUGGAAACACUUUUUAAAAAUCCCAGUAGUUAAAAAAAAAAAAAAACCUACAUAGAACUGCAGUGCAGAAAGCGAUGCUCAAAAACAUCUUAUGCCACUCAUUAUAGUGGGACCAAUGUCAGCGCUGGUUUCUGGGUAGAUAUUUAAGCAGUGCAGUCUUGUUCCAUUGUUAAUUGCGAUGGGGAGGAUUUUUCUUCAACUGUAACAGGGAUUGAAGCAGGCCUUGGGAUAGAUGUUUCUCUGAUGGUAACGUGCACAAUCUGGAGUUCUCAUUAAAAAAGGUAUCUUAUUUCAACAACGGCAAAAGGACCUUUCUAAAUACAUGCAGUUGUUCAGUUUUUAUCUUAAAGUUAAGGUGUUAAACCGUUCUCUGUGCCAACCCAAAAAGCAAGCAUUUUUUUCUUUCAUUUUCAUCCCAGCCACUUAUUACUCCUCGCUGGUAAAAUGUCAUUGCAGAAGAGUGCUGGGCCAGGAGCAGCACUUUCAUCUCCUGUCCAGAGUUAAUAUAAAUGCCAAGGUAAAUAAAAAGCUGGGCACAGAUAACCUUUUUUUUUUCCUCAUGUUGAUGGAGUUUUUGUGUUUUUUGUUGUUUUGUUAAUUAAAAAAAUAAUAAAUUUGCAGCUCACUCUGAGCAGCUAUAAUAUUCUUGUUCAUGAAACCCGUAAUAACUCAGGUGCAAAUUACAUAGUGAGGGAGUAAUUUUCAUAUCACUGAAUUGACAUUAAUAUCUUAUUUGCAGAUGUAAUCAAAGAGAAUACCUUUCUUUGCACUUAACAAAUUAAGAAGCAGAACUGAAACAGUUGCAGGCUGAUUGACCAUAUUAGUGACAAACUGGCACUUUUCAACAGUGUUACAAGAAAUUUUUUUCAUGCACCCACUGAAAAGCAGUGAGAAUGCGGUGCUUUCAUCUUUAAUCUCUAUAACAGAAGCCUGAUAUAAUUAUACCUACUAAUGCUGGAAAAAAAGGAAAGUUAGAUGAGCUAGGCUGGUAAGAAACAAAGAAGAAAAAAUUGAUAUACUCACUGCAGCUCCAGCAAAUGGUGCAUUUACUUUCAGUUUAGCACUAACCUUUAUGGAAGAACACUGUGAACUGUAAUAGCUUUAGCUGUAUACAGUAAAUUCAAAUACAAACUGUGUAAGGAACAGAGGUUUCAGAUAGGUCUUUCUGUAUUUUGGCAAGCUGCAUUGGUGUCAGGGAAGACUCCCAAAAUUCACAGCUCAGAAUGAAUCCUUCUUUGUAGAAGGGUGGCAUCAUUAAGCAAUAGAAAUCAUUCUCCACCGUAGUGACUGUGCUGAAGCAGUUUGCCUUUUUAUACUAGAUUUCUACCCUGGCCUUCAAGAAUUUUACUGCCUUAUACGUUAACAGACUUUUUUUGCACUGUGGCUUCUGCCAGAUUCCAUCUGGGCUCCUGCUCCCUGAACCAUGGCACGUAAGAUACUUCUGAGCUCGCUUCUUUACAGGCAGUCCCCACCACCACCAGUCAAAAACCCUGGCAACUAUUGAGCAAAUCCAGUUUGAAUUAACCCCAUAGAAACACCGGAGUUCAGAGCUGGGAUUGCUAACACUUGUUGUAUCCCUAUAGAGGAUUUUACAUUUCUGCAAGCAUGCACAGAAGAAGCCAUUCAUCAGGCUACAAACACAGCUCUGAACUUCCUCCUUGUUAGUGUUAAAUCAGGUGGCUGAUGAGACCCUCAUAAAUAACAGUGGGGUAACUGAUGGAAGUGAGCUAAUUUGGCCACAGUCUGCAGGCAGGCACGACUCAGGAGGACUGAAGUCGAAAGCCCCUUGGGCUUUUAUGGCUCUGCCAUAGGCUGGACUUGGAGCAAGUCAUAUGGCUUCUCAUCUUCUGCACGAGGUUUCUUUACAACUUCCCAGGGAUGCUAUGGGAAUUAAACUAAUCAUGGAUUGGCCCAAACUACCAAUUUUGGAGUUCUGUUUUCUUUUUCCAGAAAAGUUUGCUGGUAUGUAGGUUUGGGAUUCCAGCCCAUUUCAAAGCCAAGGGCCAGCCAGGAGGUCUAGAUCUGAAUCUCUGUGUUAUUAGGGUGCUGUGGUGAGUUGGGCUGGUGUGCAGGGAGGUGAGAGCCAAACUUUUCACACACAAAAUACCCCAUGGAUGGAAAGCAGUUGACAAAGAUUGGGCAGUGUUAUAUGAGGUACUGUGGCUAAUUUCUCUACCUGAUAUAUCUGGGCAAAGGUACUGUUGUGCUUUUGUUUUUACUUCUGAAACACCAAAGCCAUCUGCCUGUUGGAAGAAGUGAGUGUCCAAAAAGCUCAUCUUCAUUUUCUGUAAUUCAUGUUCUUUUGGCUUCUAAAAUUGCUAUAAAUAUAUUUGCAAGGUAGUGCAUAUAUGUAUAUAUACAUAUAUGUACAUGUACGUACUGAGGGUCUCAUCACCCACCUGUGCAUGGAAAUCUCCCCUCUGAUGCAUCAGGGUUUAAUUAGGAAAUGUUGGUGGACUUAUCUUACUUGCACUGUAAUUAAGAACCCCUGGGAUAUUGCUACAUCACAAUAUUUAUCACAUAUUUGUAAUAUAACCUGACUUAUCUGUUCCAAAGAAGGACUUUAUUUUGCCAAAGAGGCCUUGCUUUUUUAAGGUGCACUUCUUAGCCAUGAUAAAAAUCACUUCGUUUGUGCCUGUGGUAAUGUCGGAACUGUUCCUUUCAGAAAGAUUUGGAAGAUCACACAUCUCUGUUUGAGUCUACAGAGGUUUUGCUUGUGCUGCUUUGGCUUUUUGAGCAUUUGUUGGCGAGUGGGGCCUGAUCCCAUGAUUUGUGUGGCCAGAUAGGGCCCAAGAGGGGCCAGGAUCAGGGUCUAAUUUAGCAAAAUGCUUAAGCCCACGGGGUUUGUUUAAGCAUAGGCUUAAAGCCGUUGCAUGGUAUGACGUAAGCCAUGGGUGUACAGUCAUUAAUACCAGACUGAUUCUGUAUCGCCCAGUCAGGCAGGUUCAAGUUGGGUAGGAUGUGGGCACAAAUUUCUGUCAAAUGAGCUUGAACACACGAUGCAGCUCCUGCAUCGCCCUCAUGCUGGCUGGAGGAGGGCAAACAGGAGAUGACCCAAUGCAACAUGUGGACAAUGGGGGGGUGAGUUAUUACAAGAUCGGUGCUUCGUGUCAGGUGGCUGUGGUACUUUCCCUGUGUCGUAAGUAGCCCUCCAGCCAGAUUUACUGUAUCUUUGAACCAUGGCUUUAAGUGACUACUUAAACUUUCUCCGAAAGAUUGGGUUGCCUUGGUUACAGCCCAAUCCUUAAGCAUAUCCCCAAGGUUAACACUAGUAUUUUAUGAAUGUGAUGGUUUUUUUUGUCACUUACCUUAAUCAUUGCCUGAACGUUGCUUUUAAAAACAGAAAGCAACACCACUGCUUUAGCAUAUCAGAUAAUGCACCUUUAAUUAUUUUUUUUAAUAUUUUAGUUUAGAUUUUUAUCACAGCUGCAAAACACUUGGGUAAUGACUUCAUCAUAGAGGUGUGGGAGUAGCGAAGUGUUUAUCAGAGUGAACUCUACAUAAUAGUGUUCAGCCUGACGGCAGGAGCAAGGCUUCCCUGAGACACAGGCCUCAAGUUGACUUUCUACCUACCAGCAAAAUGUGCCUGAGAAGAAUGAGGAAAAGGUGUCUUUUAGAGAAUUGGUGGUAGUUGAAGAGAAUAUGCAACAAAUCAUACUGAAAUCUCUUUGAACCUGCUCCUUCCUGCUAGGCCGUGGUGAGCCAAGCCUAGCCUAGGCCUGAUAAAUGCUGGUUUUAUGGUAUUGAUCCUUUUGAUUUUGAGACAGUCCGGCAAAUGUGGGCUAACAGCACCCCCAGAGACGGUCUGUGAGGGAAAUUCUGUGUCUUCACCUUCCUUCAGUAACCAUGUUAGACACCUGAUGCCUUGGCUGAGAAAGGAUUUGAGUUUUUAACUUUUUUUUUUUUAUUGAUAUAUGUUUCCAGCAGUCGGUUCGUCACGUUGAUUUGCCAUUUGUUCCCAGAGUUGUGCUGACUACGUUUGAUAUAACUUUCAAUACUGUAAGUCAGGGCUAGCAGAGGGAUGUGCUGAAGAAUCUCACUGUGGUGAAAUUCCCAAGAGAAAACACUAGUGAUGGUAAUUGAGGGUUUGUUGCCAAAGGAUAGCAGGAACUACUUAGAACUAUCUGGAGGUUAGUAAUGUACAAAUUAAGAGAGCUGUGAGCAAGAACACUAUUUCCAGUUAGAGCUGGUCACAAUUUUUACACUAAAUUAUGUGAUGUCAGAAGUGCCGUUUUUUAAAUGAGAUAUUCUCUUUUCAGUGUUAUCCACAACAGUUUUUCUUGCUGUUAUAAUUAAAACCAUAUUGAAUUUUUAUCUAAAUAGAUUUCAGAGUUGUUAACAAAUAUUUUCAUUUCUCAAAAACCCAUGUCUCCCUCAUUUUUUGUAGUUCUUGGGUUUCUUCUGCAGGUAAAUUAAAGUUUCUGUAAUGGUUUUGAAAGCUUUUUUGGAUAAAAAAUUCCCUUUUUUAUUUUUUUAAAGCACGUGUUCUUGGAAAAUGAUUCAGUAUUAGGCCUGGUAAAGUAAAAUUUUAAGAAAAAAAACUUUGAAACUUUUCACAAGGUAUUUUACCCCCCUAAUUUUUGACUAGCUUUACUAACUUUGAAGUCACUGUUUCCUUUGCCAGAACAAUCCAAAUAAUGUGACUCUUCUUAAAAUAACAGCGUUACUUCCGUUGGGUUUGUUUUUCUUAAAGCCAUGGACUGCCUGGCUAUGGAGAGUGCCUGUGACUUUUUAUGUGGCAAUUGCAUUUUUUUUCUUAAAAUUAGUGAAAAAUAUAAGCACAUCAUUGCAGCUGCCAUGAAGAUCAAGAGGUACGAUUGAACUUCCUCACCAUUCUGGGCUUGGGAAUGGCAUUUCUCCUUAAACAUUUCUUGAAAUAUUACCUGUCUUCCUCAACAUUUCAAGUUUGAAUUUGCAACAGUCAAUUGCCUGUCUGGCAUUUGGUGCUUCCGAGUGCUGCGAGAGAGAGAAGACUUAACACUUGUGAAAUUAUAAAGUUCUCCUGACAUAUAAAAACCCAAGAGAAAGCCAUAAGCUCAGUAGGUUUCCUGAUGGCCUUUGGGGAACAGCUCUCAUUUCAGCUUGCAGGUUCUCUGCUGCGAUUUGCAAACACUAAGCUCAAACACCUGCAGACCACUCUGGCAUACGGACUCACAUGCACACGUAAGGUGGUUGUGGGGCUACAACUAAGAAACGUUUAGGCUGAAAUAUUAAGCACUGCUACUUAUACCCACUGGGCUUUGUUCCUGGCUGUGUGUUCCUGGUCUCUUUUGGCUUCGUGUUAUGUGUAUAGGCAACUAUCCCAUGGGCUGAUUGCUGAUAUCAAGAGCUCUUAGUCCAAACUUUUUUUUCUGUUUUUCUGUUUGUCUACAUUUCUCAUCACUUGUAGACCUUUUAGAAAAUGAGGAAGGAAACAAAAGCACCCAAAAGGGGUGUCAUUACCUUUACAUUUCCAGGGGUUAACGUCCCUCACUGGGAACAUGGUGCUUGGAGGCUCUACUUUUUUGUCUCUGCCCUCCCUUUUGUCCACAAGUGGCAAUCUUACCCUCUUUUUCCAUUUGCUCAACAUGCUCUCGUCCUUGUAGUGAAGAUGGUAUGUUACUUACUUCACAGAGGUAUUGCAAGGCUUAGCUAGUAGUCGGAAAAACUUUUCCAGAUCUUUAAUCAAGUAUUUUUGCGCAUCCAUAGUAUCAGUGGCCUGCCAUAUGGAUAUCAAAGAAAAUGAUUAUAAUUAUUGCUUUUAAAAUGAUUGUGAAAUUGUGCCUUACUUUUUCAGUCAUAUUUAACCAUGUAAUUUAGAACCACAUGAUUGCAGGGACUUAUCAUGAAGAAAUUUGUUUGAAGGAUAGUUUGUUUUUAAAUAUUUUUUCUCCAAAAGUGAAUUUAUUAGUUUUCCCUCUUUUAUUUCUUUUCCUCCAGUUUUAUUCCUUUAAUAUGUUUGUGUAAAAGGGCAGCCAACAUUUGCAUUCGUGAGAGACAGAAGAUUUUAUUUGGUCUUGUAUGUGGAGCUUUCAUUUUCUUUUAUGUUCCUUCAGGAAAAUUCCUCUCUGCUCGAUUACUCGUACUUAGAUGUCUUUAAAUGCAGGCUGACCAGUAAGGGUUUUUUGUUGUUGUUUAAUUUAGUGUGUGGUUUGCUUUGUGUUUUUGUUUUUUAAUUAUCCAGAUAUCGGGUACUGGGGAGGCAUUGCACAUUAAUGCAGAAUGUUAAUGCUAAUUUUCAUAGAAAAGACAAAAUUAGAGUCCUUUCCCUGUCUCCAGCACAGUUUUGUUACUGUUUUGUGUGCGACACUAAUAUUAAGCCAGGCUGUAAAGGCAGAACACUCGGUGACCUACUUCCAUUCACCAGCAAGAAUCCUUUGUCAGCUGACUCCUGUUUGUUUGUUCAUUUUUAAAUGUCGGAUUACAGAAUGAGCAUCUCCCAAAGAUGAAAGAAAACAGUGUUUUCAUGUGCAGGAAAUUUGGGGUUGCAGUAACAGAACAUUUUCUUUGUGAAUUUGGAUGUCAUGGUGUUUUAAAGCCCCUGCCUGGAGCCUAAAUCAAUUUGGCCUCUCAUCCAGUUCAUCUCACUGGUGCUCCUAAAAGGCUGCAGCCCUGCAAAAGCUCAUGCAGCAUUUUUGGCUGCUUUCCCUUGCUCCCAUUUGGUACAUAUUUGCACAAUUUAACUGAGCUUUUCUUUCUGCUGAAGGUCAGAUGCAAGCGAUACGAAACACUAAACUUUAUAAACAAGCAAAGCCAUUUUAACCACAGUGUUUUGGACAAGAAUGGGUUUUUAGGUGGCGCACUGUCUGCUGGCCUGUGGAGGGGGGAUCCUGAGACUACAUUUGACUGAAACAGGAUGCAAAGCCACAAGCCUUGGUUUCUUAAUAAACUACUUACUGUAAUCCAGCUACACAGUUUCAGCCUCACACUUUAGAAGAAGCUUCCAGCAGCAACGCGCAUACAGGCACUUUCCCUUUUCCUUGCAGAAAGUGAAACUUUCCCAACCAGUGCAAAUUUAACCUAUUGCAUAAGAUGCUGGAAGUUUGUUUUUUUUGGUUGUUUUUCUUUUUUUUUUUCUUGGGAUUCUUUCUGUAACCUCUAUGAGCAAAGGAUAAAUAGCUUUUCUUUUUCCUUUUUUUUUUGACAAGAUUAGAUGUUGCAUAUUGAUGAGCUAGCAUUUCAAAGGUCUAUGGGGCUUUGGAACGUAUUAAGAAUCUCUGAAGUUUAAUAUUCACCACAUCUUAAAUAUUCAGAAGGAAAAAUCUGCAUAAAAUGGCUUUUGAUAAAUACGUUCUAGGCGUUCUUUCUUGCUGUCUUACACAAGCGUUGUGGGGAUUGUGGCCGUGCCAGUUUUGUUCCAAAGUGUCUUUUGUUUCAGCUUAUCAGGACCGUUUUGAUCCCAUUUGUAUGCCCAGCACUUGUCCUGAAGUCUUUUAUGGUUUCCACUGGAACUGUACUGCAGGCAGGUGGAUGUAACCAAGGCAAAGGCACUGCUGAGCAUCCUAACUCCUGCAUGUCUGUCUGCCUCGUUGCUCCCCUCCUGAUGUACAGCCUCAACCUGUUUUUGGUGGUGCAGGUUGCUCAGCCUGGCUGGUUAGCCCAGCAGUCAGGCUUGGCUAAGAUCUUUCUGGAGACAUUCUUCAUGCUGGUGGGGAUUUGCAGGUGGAGAGGGCAAGAUCCUGGAUGCAGGAACAAAGCAAAGUGCCGCUCGGUGCAUCUCAGAUCUCGCAGGGCAGUUUGGGUCUUUAGUAAGAAUCUCAGCAGUAAGAGAAAUGUUUUUAGGAGAAAUCCUUCCUUGGAUCUGUUUCCCAUCUCUGUUGAAAAUCUGACUGAAGCUUUAGAUGAGGAUCAGUGAUGGGCUGUGUACACUCAGAUAUUUUACUGUAUUAUGAACGCUCUCAUUUGCCUUAUCCUUGAAGUCCCAUGGUGCAUGCCAUGGUGUGCAGGACAGCUUCUCUGGCCCUGUUCAUCUGCAGCCUGGACUUCGUCAUGCCAGCCCCUGUUAAAUCAGUGCCUGGUACUUUUUCUCAGGACAGCUCUGGCUUGGGCCAAGGGCAUCUCGUGCUCCUAUGCAAACAGUGGUGCUUUCAUUUCUGGCUUAAAAAUAAUGCAGCCUUUUCAAAUUCACCUUUCCCCUCUCAUGUAUUCCUGACGGAAGUAGGGUUUUAAAUAUUUCAUAACAUUCUUCUUUCUUCUCCUUUUUUGCCAGAUGUCUUGAAAACAUUGUCAAAUUACAAUCUGGGUGGGGGUUUUCAGGAUCGAUUUCCUUUCCUUCUUGAUUGCGUGGUGUAGGUUUGCAAUAAGUUUUUUUUUCUUUUUGUUUUUUUUUCACGUCUUACAGAACAGAUGCCUUCAGUUUAUGCAGAGAAAGAUUGACUAUGAUUAGAGCUAAUCCAGGAUGGCAGGAUUGGACCCCCACAGUGAAAUCUAGAAAAGUGAUUGCAAAAGUAUUUUGUUUCUCCUUUAUUAAUUACACAGGAAGUUUCCACAGAAGGCUCAUGUAACACAACUGGCCUAUGUAAUAAGUAGCAGGGCCUGUAAUUACAGUCUGUCUUCUGAUCCUAUCUGUGCUCUGACUUUCUAGGCAUUGCAGUUCUAUUUACAUGUGUCUUUGUCACCUUUUAAAUUUUUGAUUGGUCACUAAGGGAAGAACAGCACAAGCGGCGAGCCCUGCGGAGAUCCAGCAAUGAGGCAUCCUCCUCCUCCUCACAUAUCUGCCUGCUUUGGGACACAGAAGAGAUUUUUACCAGGCAUGUAGCAAAGCGAGCGGGCUGUGCGCCAGCUGUGUAUCUUUCGAGAUCUCGGAGUCUUUGUAGGACUGGAAAUUUGAACCUUUUACAGGUCUUAACUAGUGUACUAUCCUGCAAGGGAGUUUAUAUAUCAGCAUUUCUUUGCUCCAAGCAGUUUCUACAGGAUUUCGCCUUUCUUUUUUGUAAGAUUCAGGAUCUUAUGGUUGCAAAGAGAUCCUUCUAGAUAUGACACAAGGAGGGAGAUGGCUUUUGGCAGCAUUCAGAGUAGCUGAGCUACAAAUGCUGAUACCAAUGUAAAACAGCAGUAACCUGAGUGGAAGUGGAAGGCAGCGAUUUACCCACAGUUCAGCACCAGGUUCACCAGCACUGAGCACCAGCAAGCAGGCCUCAAGCAGAUCAGCUGUCUGGCAUGUCAGUCCUGAGGCCUGGCAAUGAGGAAAUGAGCUCCUUGCGAAAGUCCUUGGUGCUGGUCACUCUCACGGUAGUCUCUUCUCUCUUUUAAAACGUGUUCUCGAGUCAGGGUAGAACUUGAGAGGGGUGUCCCCCAGUCUUCUCCUUCAAGCCAUAUUCCCAGCGCUAUGUUUGAUCAAGAGGAACAAAAGCCAUUGUGCAAACACUGUUAUUCUGUGCAAAAAAUAUUGGCAACCCACUAUGGAUACAUUUAAUGUCCGUUAAAGCGUUAUGCAAAUCGUCCCUUUUCUGCAGCUUGCACUGUUAUUUAAUUAUUUUUGGUAUGACUUAUAAAAAAAAAAAAAAAAGAAAGCACAAUUAUUUUUUAAUUUUUUCUAACUCUACUUCUAAGAAAGUUGAUGCUUUAAAGGGAGAAAAAAACUUACUUUCAAACAUGGGUUUUUCAGGCUUCAAAAUUAAUAAUUUCUACACCUGACCCAGUUCUUGCAGCUGCCAAAAAAGAAAAGAGAAAGCUAUUUAAAUUUCUCAUAGAACCAUUUAUCUCUUAAAAUAUGCCAAGGCAAUUUGAGGUGGGGGUGGAGACUCAGCUAUUUAUCUCAGCAGCUUGAUUUUUCUCUUUAUGUUUCUAACUGUCAGGGGAAAAAAACGGUAGGAAGCUAUUCUUGGGCUAUUAUUGAUGUAUUGUGUUGCCAUUAUGCAGGAUGUCUGCUUUGCUAUAUACGGAAGGACAUUAAUAAUAGCCAUCUCCCCUGCCCCCAGCCUCGGUUCCUCUUUGGGAAGAUACGCUUUAAACUGGAGCAUCUGCCCUGCUCAGACUGCUGCUCCACCCUCCUCUUCCCACCGUUUGUUCCCAGACUAGUUUGGGGGAACAAGGCUAAAGGGAAUAAGGAGGCAGGUUGUAUUUGCCAUUUUUCUGCUUACUUGUGUGCUUGCUCCAGGCAAGUCAUUUCCAUGCCAUGUACCUGGCUUCCUCUUCCCUUCCCGUGUGUUGCCCCUCUUUUCAUUCUAAGAUCAUCAGUGCAAAAAAAAAAAAAAAAAACCUUUCUUGCUGUUUUCUUCUUACAGGGGCUGGCUGGCAGAACGGGCUCAGCGACAGCCCUCUGAUUUGUUAUUACCCAGCAUUUCGUAUCCAGAAAUGUAGGUUUCCUCAUUAUUUGCCCUAAGUAGGAAAAUGUAUUCCCAUCCCGCCUACCUCAGGUUUAAAAUAUUGUUGUGAAACUAUAAAGGGUCAGUCCACUUGUUUAAAGACUCGGAUGCUUGUUUUAUUUUUGGUAGCAAAGUGUAUGUUGAACAGGAAUAGUUUGAUGUUUAAAAAAUAGCCCCACUUCAGCAUUCCCCCGAGGUGCAGGAAGUCGUGUCUCCGCGGGUCCGUGCCAGCAGUGGGACAGCCCAGCGAGCAAGGCCGGCUUGAAUUGGAAAGAGAACUGAGCAGCCCCAUUUCAUCUGGGAGCAGAGAGGUGAAAAUAAUAAACAUGGCAAAGACUAAAGGUUGUAAUUGGUCUUUUUUUUUUUAGUGGCUAAGUUUCUGCUUUUUGUGCUAAUUUUGUUGUACAGAAGCUUUGCUUCUUCAGCAUUUCUGAUAGUCAGGACCAAGUGCUCUUUAGUGAUGUCUUUUUUUUUUUUUUUAAUUCAAUUCUAGCUGGGUCCUAGGCUUGAUCUGGUCCUUAUAUGGUCCAGAACCAUUUUGUUUUGGGCACUGAAUUAAAACAAAGUUAGGAACUCUUUAGGAAAGCACACCCAGAUUUUAGGACUAGAAAAUGCAAUCAGAAUAUUUUCCAGUUCUGAUACGGGGAAGUUUUCCAAAUAUGAAGUCUAUGUGGGAGGAAUGCCUUCAUUUGGGAAAGUGCUCGGAUUUCAAAAUGAAAGGGAGAUGGGCAUUCAUUGUAGUUCCUCAUUGCUUUUAUAUUCUUACUUGGUGGCAGCUGCUCAGUCAAGAAUGAGAAAAAAGCCAUCCUCUGGCAUGUUGCCUAAACUAGAGCCCAGCACCUCCUCGGCGGAUGUUUGCUCCGGCUUGCCACACUCCUGUAGCCUGUUCUGUGCAGAUCUAGGGCUGAGGAAAUCCUCCUAAUGAACCAAGGCCCACCUCAUCCUCUCCGUAUCCAGAGCUGCUCCCUGUGCUGAGUCUGCAGCCAGCCUAGGGCUUGAUCCUGUCUUUGUAGUGCAGGUAUUUUGCCAGAAACAGGUGUUUUCUCUCUGCCGUUAGCUCUGGGUUUUCUGUGCAGUGAUUAAGAUUUGCAGGGAAGGGGAGGGGGAUCCUGCUCCAAUUAGGCUGCCUUUGUGCUAACGUUUCAUUCAGGGCUGUGUGAGAUGAGCAGGUUUACGGAAAUGCACAGCUAGAGGUUGUGGUUUGUUUCAAUUUGAGAUGGUACCGACUGAAAGCACAGAACUGAGGCACUGCUUCACAUCUGCCAGUGCAUUACUGACAGCUCUGUGUGGGUAGGAAGCCAAUUCCACUUGGGCAAAGGGAUGUUUUCUGCCUUGUCCUUUGAGUCUGAUCUAGUUCUUUGAUCUAUCCAUAUAGGAGUAGUAUUUCUAAUGUGCCUAGUGGCCAAGUAGCUAAGCAGCUGACAAGCAUCUAAGCAGCACAACCAGCAAGAUGGGGAGUAGGUUAUUAACUGAGUUGCCUUUACAAAAAAUAUAUUCCACUUUCUUCACAAUGUGCCUUUUCAGACACCUGUGGUAGUCGUUCAUGGGCAGCAGAGAAAUAACCCUAAUGCCAAGCAGGGAUGAGAACCAUAAGCGUGAUACAGAACAGAAGCAGUAGGCGGUUAAUUUUGAGCAUCUGUUUGUUCUCCAUUGGGAUGAGCAAAGCUUGUUGUCUUGUUUACUACACCACCUUGUCUGGUAGACAACUGUUCAGCAGUGGAGGUACUAGGCUGUAUCUCCUUCAACAUCUCAAUCUUGUCAGAGCUCCAUAGUCAUUCAUAUCUGGAGAUUUUAUUUGCUUAAUACUGGCUUUUAUAAGGUCUCCAUUAUCCACUUUUUUGUACAACGUUAGAGGAGAAAAUUCAAAGGUGAACCAAAGGCUGGGUGUUUGACUGGCACUACUGUGUUAAAAAGGCUGAUGUGCUUUCACUUUGAAUCCCCAAAAAGAUGUUUUAGGAAGCUCUUUUCCAGCUGCAGUUGGAGAGGAAAUGCAAGCUUUAUUGGAAAUGCAGCAAAGGGAAAGCUCUGAUUCUGUGAUUCUUUGAUGCUUGGGACUGCACCACCAUGACCCCCGUUGUCCCUCUGGAGAGUGGGGACUGAGAAUAGUUCGAGGUAUGGGCAGAGCAAAUUGAUGCUUGGAUUUUCUCUUGACCUUGCUAGAUAGGAUAUGCCUUGGUGAAAAUUCAACUUGCUUAAGGGUCCUAUAAUUUCCCACACCAUGGUUUGUGUUCUGGACUGCCAGAGAGCCUGGAGGGCAGCCUGCAGGUGCCUUCCUUCCAGUUAGUGAAAUGAGAGGCAGAGUACCGACAGUGCAGUGUUGGUAACGGCACCUUCCUGCUCAGAACAAACAGCAGAGAUGUGUUGCAUUUCAGAGCCUAAUCCCUAACAUUGGCUUUACCUGUGGGUUGACACCAGGGGGUCCGAACCACAUGUGGGUCAUUCCAGAAGGAUUCCUCUUGGCUAAAUGCCUCAUGGGCUGGGAGAUCUGCUUAGCUAUUCCAAACUGCAAGGAGGGCAUGCCCCCAGGAAUGUAUUUGCCCUCUGUUGCUGCUAUGCUUGGGCCUAUCCCUGCCAGCUGUAGGACCUGUCUGCUCUAGGGUUCGCUGGUGAUGAUGUUUACUGGGUGGAUAUUAAUGGGUAGUGGAUGAUUAGGCCAGGUUUGAGAUGGUAUUUCAGCUUUCUGGUAGCUGUUGGUUUAGCCCUUGAGAUAGAGUGGGUUUUGUGUGGUUUCCUUUGGUGCAGCUGGGAGGGGAGCGUGGCUGCUCACCCUUCUCCUGGUUCUGCAGCAGCAGACAGAGGCUCUCAGUGGUAUGGGAAGCAUCUUCCUUUAAAUGUGAAUCACUAGCCUGGGUAUCUGGGCAAGAGAGGGGUGCGAGGAGGCAUUCCCUGUACAAGGGAUGCCUUCUGCUGCAAACUCCGUGCCUUCAGAUCCUAACGAAGUAACAUUACUUGAGCUUUUGGGACUGGUCUCCUGUCUGUCAGAGCAUGGGGGUACCAGAGCGUUACCCCGUGCUGAGCACAAGCAGCACCCGAGUCUGUGAGGGGCCCGAUCCUGCUGUCAUUGGAGUUGUCACAAAUCCUGCGAGUUGCUGAAUGCACCUCCCGUGAGAGGCUGAGUCCCCUCCCUUCUCACUGAACCCUCCAGGCCACUCGGCUCCUUCGCUGACUACUUCCACAGGGUUUUGAGGGCACUCAGGAAAUGCAAUCAGCACCUUACAGGAUUGGUCUGCUAGGUUAUAUAUGAAGUUUUUUCUCUGGUAACUUGUGUGCAUGAAUUGAAAACCAUUUAUUCCAGUUUGUUCUGAGGACAGAUACAGCAUAUACACAUUUUCUAUAUUUAUAAAUAUAUAUAGAUAUAUAUAUUUUGUUCUCAGCUAGUUACCUCUUCUAAACUGCAAUUUUCAGAGCAACCGGCGUAUAUUUUUUAUUCAACACGUAAAAUGACUUUUUACUGUAAGAGAAUGAAAGCUGUUUUAAGCAUGUGUUUUCUGUAUUUUUAUUAUGCAUUAUCCAAUUAUAUUGAGAUGUAUUUUCCUCUUUGCUCUGCUCUCUCAGUUGUUAUCCUUAUUUUAUCAGUUAUGCUUUUCUAAUGUUUUGUAAGGGAAAAUAAAUAUGCAAAAUCGCCAGAUGCCUUUUUUCUUUGCAGAAGAAGUAUCACAAAUGCUUUUUUAUUACAUUUUACCAAUCCAAUAAACUCCUUAUAAAUUUCA